UUAAGUGAUUCCAUUCUAAGAAAAUACUUGGAAAGUGAGGAGAGAAACGACAGCCAGCUCUGUCCAUUGCUGUGGUCAAAUCUGAGAAAAGACCAGAAUGCAGCUGUUAGCCUCCUUGGACUGCAACCGAAGUUGGCUUCCAGGGAGGAGAUGGUUAACUACCAGGAAGCUACUUGAGCUUGACUUCAGGAACUGGGUGGUGGCCCUGAACUGGGAGUGACGCUCCUUCUGUGGCUGGAAGCUGAUUGGUCCAGGAGUGCGGCCAGCGAUUUCCCCGUAGUUGGUUCAGGAAGCAGCUCUGAGCUGUCCUGGUGGCUAGACAGCCCACAGGUAUUCCUGGCCCCACCCAUUCCUACAUCCCAGGGAAACUUUGCUGAGUUCUCCUUUGAAGAACAAAACCGAGCAACCUUUAGGGUCCUGCUGUGACGGAAAAAGAUGGUCCUUAAAACCCAAGAGGAGGAUGUUCCCAGUGACCUGACUGCAGAGGAGCGCCAGGAACUGGAGAACAUCCGGCGGAGAAAGCAGGAGCUGCUAGCCGACAUUCAGAGGCUAAAGGAUGAGAUAGCAGAAGUAGCUAAUGAAAUUGAAAACCUGGGGUCCACGGAAGAAAGGAAAAACAUGCAGAGGAACAAACAGGUAGCCAUGGGCAGGAAAAAAUUUAAUAUGGAUCCUAAAAAGGGGAUCCAGUUCUUAAUAGAGAAUGACCUGCUGAAGAACACCUGUGAGGACAUUGCCCAGUUCUUGUAUAAGGGUGAAGGGCUCAACAAAACAGCCAUCGGAGACUACCUGGGGGAGAGAGAUGAAUUUAAUAUCCAGGUUCUUCAUGCGUUUGUGGAGUUACAUGAGUUCACGGAUCUUAACCUUGUCCAGGCCUUACGGCAGUUCCUGUGGAGCUUCCGGCUGCCGGGAGAGGCCCAGAAGAUUGACCGGAUGAUGGAGGCGUUUGCCCAGCGCUACUGUCAGUGCAAUAACGGAGUGUUCCAGUCCACGGACACUUGUUAUGUCCUCUCGUUUGCCAUCAUCAUGUUGAACACCAGCCUGCAUAACCCCAACGUCAAAGAUAAGCCCACCGUGGAGAGGUUCAUUGCCAUGAAUCGAGGCAUCAACGAUGGGGGAGACCUGCCCGAGGAGCUGCUCCGGAAUCUGUAUGAAAGCAUAAAAAACGAACCCUUUAAAAUCCCGGAAGAUGAUGGGAAUGACCUCACUCACACUUUCUUCAAUCCAGACCGAGAAGGCUGGCUAUUGAAACUCGGUGGCAGGGUAAAGACUUGGAAAAGGCGCUGGUUCAUUCUGACUGAUAACUGCCUUUACUACUUUGAAUAUACGACGGAUAAGGAGCCCCGUGGAAUUAUCCCUUUAGAGAAUCUGAGUAUCCGGGAGGUGGAGGAUUCCAAAAAACCAAACUGCUUUGAGCUUUAUAUCCCUGACAACAAAGACCAAGUAAUUAAGGCCUGUAAGACCGAGGCUGACGGGCGCGUGGUGGAGGGGAACCACACUGUCUAUCGGAUUUCAGCCCCUACACCUGAGGAGAAGGAGGAGUGGAUGAAAUGCAUCAAAGCAGCCAUCAGCAGGGACCCUUUCUAUGAGAUGCUAGCAGCGCGGAAGAAGAAGGUCUCCUCUACGAAAAGACACUGAGUCUGCGCAGCUAGUGGAGUUGGUGUGCAAGGCGUGUGAAGGCCCAGGUUCUUACUCAGGUCCCUCCCACAGACAGGAGCAGGCUGCUCAGCAGGAGCGUCGUCUUGCUAGGCAUGGCUCCGAUUCCUAGAGACUAGCUUCAGCUUUGGCUAUUUUUUUUUUAAGUGGGAGAAGGGUAGGCAGUUACCACUGGGGAGGAGUGACCUGAUGCCUGUCAAGCAUGGUUUUGAGCCUAUCUCUCUAGAAAGAGCAGAGCUCCUAUCAGCAAAGCAGCCUCCUUGCAAGUCUCUCCGCUCAGCAGGUCUGAUAGCAGAGCUCGGAGCUGACUGUUUACCUUUUGGUUAUUUCCCUAUGAAGACACCUUCAACCCUGCACCAUAAAUACAUGUAUUGCUAUAUUAUUCUAUGUUAAGAAAAAAGGUGGACUGGAAGAAGCCACGUACUAUAAAGAUAUAUUUUUGUUUUUUAGAAAAAGAAAAAGAUAAGGUAGACCUGUUCAGAUGCAUUCUGCCCGGUCUGGUUUGGGAGGCUUCUCCUGGAGAAGCAGCUCCCUGGGCCUCUGCUAGGGAGUGUCAGCCGUGGGCCUGGGGCCGGGCAGGCCCACCUCUCCUGCAUGUCUGGAAGCUGGGGGAGUGAGCAGAAGGGGUGGAGAGAGGGCAGGGAGGCAGCAGACACUCGAAGACUCAGGACUUGGCAGAGUCAGACUCGGGGAUCUGCGGUGCUGCGGCUGCUCCAGCUGAUGCUUUUCCGUUCCAAGUGCCUGGGGAGCCCUGAGGGGAGGAGAGAACCUCCUGGACACUUAACAUUGUUUUUCUUUUUCGGAAUUCAUUCUUCUUGGGCUUUAAAAUAGAAAGUCAGCAUUUUUCCUUGAGCUAAAUACCUAAUAACCAAAACUGUGAGGAAGGUAAUCCCAGCAGAGGUUCCGGGAUGACCUAUUUCUUAUUUGGUUUUUCUUCCUCCUCCCCCAAAACUCCACUCCUCGUUUUAGAGGAUGGAGUAGGUCUUACCUGAUCACCCUAGGGCUUCAGCUUUUUCUGCCUCAAAACUGGCCCUUAACUGGACCACUCUCGAUGCAUUUGUGGUGGG